AUGGCUCCUGGAAGAAAAGGAAAUCAUUUGCUUCCAGUAAAUCGUUUAUCCAAACCUCGGCAAGAAUCAAGUCAAUCGGCAAAGGAGUUGUCAGAAUGGGAAGAAGCUGAAGAAGAAUAUUGUGUAAAACAAUGCGACCUGCUUGUUCAAGCACUCACCCAGCCGCCAGUUCCUGCUCUACCGACGGCUGCAACUGAGGAUCCUCAUGUUCUACACGGGGACGAAGGCUUGCACAACAACGGGAACGAAGGUUUUUUUGGAAUUGAUUACGACCAGCCCAACACACCUUCUUAUGACGAUACUGAUUCAGGGACAGAAUCCGAUGAUUCUGAGCAGUCAAUUGCUUCAAAUCCGGGCGGUGUGGUCACUCCAAUGGCAGGUGAUUAUAAUCGAAGACGUCGAAUCCGAGAGGUACAACAAUGGGAGAACAUACUCGAACCAAUGUUCAAGGUGUUCAUGCAAUGCAAGCUACUCACAGUUGAUUGGAGUCAAGGUGAAACUUGGAAUUUUGAUUCAAAAACUCAAUGUCGAUGCUCAGCGGCGAAGAGACGAAUCAGGCACCUUGAAUUGGUAGAUAUUUUAACGGUCGAGUUCUGCACGUGCCAAUCAGACCAAGUCCGGCUGAUCCAAAUGGGCUACAUCGGCGGAUCUCCAGUCCUGCCGGAAAUUGCUUUCUCAUUAAGACUUCUCCGGCUACACGAUGCCCUCUGGAGGUUUUGCUGUAUUCGAACACAUCCAUUUGCUCAAGCACUUGAUUUUUUUCACCGAGUGGCCCUAGGAUUUGUAGAGGAUAUCACAAAAAAGCUGCAGAGGUGGGGAAGACAGUUUUCUUGUGCAGUAGAUGCGUACCGACGCUUGAUUCAAGUGAAAGAAGAUCUUGGUACCCGUGCAAUGGAACUUUCGCCAAAGGAAAAGCUAGGGGCCAAUUGCCCACGCUGUUUUGGCGAGAAUAUUUAUGCUAAGAAAAAUGGUGAACCAGACUAUGUAGUCUGUGUUGAUGGUAACUUUCAACAAAGACGACACAUGUCAGCCAGUGUUGAGGUGAAAGAGAUUGAGAUUCGUUAUCCAACUCUCUUUCUACAUCCAACACAGGUCAAUAAGUGGGAAAAUGUACAUCCUAGCUCUGCGGAUGACACCCCGGAUCCUUGCACGCAGAUGCAUACUGCUGCCAAUGAUUCACGGAGUGCCGCCACGUGGCGUGCCUGCGACGACACAGGGUUACUGGCAAUGGUUUGUCGACAUGACCAUGCAUUGGCCUUUGUGAAUAUAGUCCAAAGUGGUGAAAAAUCAUAUUUUGCCCAUUCUCUCACUGACUGGCUCCUCAAGCAGUUGGACGAAGCAGAUUCAAAGGUGUUAUUUCUCUACGACAUUGGAUGCAACAUCGAGAAGGGUCUACUUGAUACUGACUUUACAUUGCAAACAUUGGAUGUAGCAUAA